AUGGUUCAACUCUCGUUACUUUUCCUCGGUCUGGUCACCGCAGCUUCCGUUGAAGGAGCCCCCAUGCUCUCCAAGCGCAUUGCUCAAGUUAUCUCUGCAUCAACGGCGAAGUGGGAGCAAGCUUGUCUUGCCGCCGGAGGAGGUCAACAAUGCAACCCUCUCUCAGUCGCGGCCUUUACUACUCUCCUUGCUGCCGCUGGUCCCUGCGAACAGCAAGAUGCUGCUGAUAACAUGAUGGACCUAGGGAAAAAGCUUAACAGCGCCCAGGUGAUUACCUUGACCCAAAUUUUCACCCAGCAACCCCGCAACACCCCAAAUUCCGUCGCCGUGCCUUAUUGUCAAAAGGCACCCAGGAACGCCGAACUUAGCGGCCUUUUCCAAUGCCAAUUUCAAGGAGCGAACCAGAAGGUCUUUGUUGGAGGAGUGGCUGUUGGUGGUGCGGGCACCAUUCCCUUUGGGCGCAAUGCACCUCUCAACCCGCCUGGAUCGUGCCCUGCUAACCCCGCUGGCCCCAUCGCCGACGGAACUCAACUAGUCGAUCUCACUCAGAAUCCUGGAGCUGGGAAUAAACCCGCGACUGGCAACGCACCUGCAGCAACUACCAAACCUGCUAAACCCGCUCCCUCUCCAGCGAAGACCCAAACUCCGAUCGCCGGUGCACCCCCUGCUCCCGCUCCUCCUGCUGGUGGCGCCGGCGGGUUCAAGCUUCAGAAUGGCCAAGAUGCACAGGCUCUGAAUAAGAAGUUCGCCGGUCUAACCUCUAGCUCUCCUUGUACUGCUGGUGAAAAUGCGUGUGUUAAUGGUGGAUUUGCUCAAUGUGUCGGUGGGAAAUUCGUUGUCACUGGAUGCAGUUCCACUUUGAUUUGCGCUGCUCUCCCGCUCGUCAAUAGUCGGGGUACAUCGAUCACCUGCACCACCCCAGCUGAUGCUCUUGCUCGCAUUCAAGCGACCGGUGCCACUGGUGGCAUUUCCGGCUGA